GACCUUUUUAAAAUUGUUUAAUUUAUUUGGAAACGAGGAUACCGGAGUUGUUGUGUUUCAUGUAUAACAUUUUGUCUCCACAGCUGAAUCAAAAGGUCCAUCAACGAAGUCGACCACCGGACCACCCCCUCAACCAUUAGAUGUCCGCCACGUAUCAUAUCUAUUUUCCUGUUCUCGCAUCUUGUAUCUCCGUCAUCUGUCGACGCUUGUCACCAUCCUCUUCCCCUAUUUAUAGCUCCAUCAGUCUUCCUAAUCUUUAGAACAAUACCAAACACUUUACCCAAAACCCUUCAUCCAAAUUUCGUGUUUUGCUCUUUAAAUCGGUUCGGAAUCCAAGAACAUCUCGCAUAUAUCUGUGUCAAUUUUAUACAAAAUGAGUCGAUUCUGGACGUUGAUGUCUGGUGUCCAUCAAUUAGCUGGACCUGUAACAAUGUUGUUGUACCCACUUUACGCAUCGGUGGUGGCGAUAGAAAGCGCGUCAAAAGAAGACGAUCAACAGUGGCUUUCUUACUGGAUCUUAUACUCCUUCCUCACGCUCGUGGAGAUGCUUCUUGCAUCGGUCCUUGAAUGGAUUCCGAUAUGGUAUGAUGUGAAACUGAUAGCGGUGGCGUGGUUGGUGUUGCCGCAGUUCAGAGGAGCUGCUUUCAUCUACAAUAAGUUCGUGAGGGAGAAGGUGAUUAAGAGAUACUACCCUGGGAUUGGAGGAGGAGAGCACAAAUCAUCGUCGUCGUCCCCAAAUGGAAAGAUGAAGAACAAGCUUGCUGAUCUUAUGACCACUAAGAAAUCCAGUUGAUUGGGUUAGGUUGGCAGUAUAUUAUUGUUAACAACUGACUGUGUUUACUAUGCUUUCGUUUUUCGUUUAUCGAUUUGAGGUUUGAUUUUAAGUUAAAGUGGUUGUGAUUGGGUAUGAUUAUCACAGUUGUAUUGAAGAAUGAAAAUGAAGAACUGGUUUCUGAUUUCUUUAGAUGGUGUGUGUAAUUUCACUAUUUUGAUACUGAAAUCAGUUGCUUCAGGUUGAAGUGGGUCAUUUUGGGGGUUUUGCUUCGGUUGUGGAAGGACCUAAAUUUUUGUGGUACGGAUUCAAGUAUUCAUCAUGAUUUUAUAGGGACAUGUUACCAAGAAAGUAAAAUGUUGAAACUUACACAC